ACAUCUAUCUUCUUCUUUUUCAUAUUAUUUUCUUCCCAAUUUUAUGCAAAAUCUUUGAUGGAGUUUUCUUAAAUUAUUACUUCUUUGUCCAAAUCUCUGGUUUCUCUUUCAUCUUACAUGUUUCUGUUCAUCAUGCACUAUGGGUGUGAGAUUUGGGAUCUUAUUCCUCUUUGUGUUGGGUGCUAGCUGCGCACGUGAUGCUAGACAACUCGAAGCCGCUCCACUGGUAGCCUCUGAUGAAUCAGUUGUGCAGAUAAACCAGGGUCGAGAUGAGGAAAUAGUAGUAAACAUUGUUCGGAAUGACAACGUGUGCACAUUGUGUGAGGAGUAUGCUACUGAAGGUAUAGAUUUCCUUUCACGAAACAAGACCCAGACCAAGAUAGUUAAGCUGCUUCACAAUAGCUGCUCCCGUAUACCGUCUUUCGAGCAGCAGUGCAUUACACUGGUGGACUACUAUGUUUCUCUCUUCUUCGUGGAGAUCUCUUCGAUACGGCCCGGAGUUGUCUGUCAAAGGGUCAAACUAUGUCAGAAAGUUGCACUUAUCUCUUCACAAAUCCGUGAAAAUAGCUGCGGAGUAUGCCACCGUGCUGUUUCAGAAGUUUUAACGAAAUUAAAAGAUCCUGAUACGCAGCUGGAGAUAAUCGAGAUCCUUUUGAAGGCUUGCAAUUCAGUGCAGAACUACGUGAAAAAGUGUAAGAAGAUGGUUUUCGAGUACGGACCUCUGAUCCUUGUGAAUGCAGAGCAUUUUCUGGAAACGACCGAUAUUUGCACCAUACUGCAUGCAUGUAAUGGUGCAAAGCAAGCAUUUGUGGCAGAUUCAUAAAUGUUGCCUCAAACCAAAGGAAUACGUGGCUUGUAAGAUAGUGUACAUGGUAUAAUAGGUUUUACUCAUGCAACUGUGCAUGUACAAGUAGAAUAACAUUGAAAUGUUCAUAAGAUAUGUACCGCACAAAUUUGGUUGCUUCUCAAAGUUGAAAUCCGAAUUGUA